UUGUAUCGUAGGCGUACUAUACAGUUGUAGUUAGUAUACUUGUCUAUGAGUGUAGUGUAUACCUAUCACUUAGAGGAGGAAAAUUCAUCUAGCCAACAUGACUCGAUGACUGGACAUUUGAGUGACAUUUGACUGUAAUAUCACAUGGUAACACACAACUACAGUGUCAUUAUAUGAGAUCUGGAAAUCGUUACGUUUUUCGAUCUAUUCAAACUAUUUGCUUCGAUGGUUUUUCUUGCCGUGUACCAUUAUCACCACGGAACGGGAUUAUAGUGGGAUUUUUUUUGUCUCCCCCUCCUAAGCGUUCCCUAAGCGAUUGUAUAAAAGAGAAGAAUACAAAAUAGUAAAGGUUAACAGGUUAUGUUAACGAAAUUUAAAAAUUAAAAUCAAUUUGCCUGAUAUUAAAACACCAAACGGAGUCAAGUCGAGUUCGUAAAAAUAAUAAAUUAGCGAUAGUUAAUUUAAGCAGUGGAACUUAAAUUUAAAUGCUAAUUUCAUUGUCAAGUUGAAGGUUUUGUUGAACCGGUCGAAUUCCUCAUUUACGUUAGCCUUUUGUUAAUGAUUAAUAUAGUAGUUUUUCCUGCAAAUUAUUAUUAUCAACAUCAGGAAGAGACUUAGAUAGUUGAUUAAGUAAUUUGUUUCAAGAUAUUUUAGUUAUAAAAUAUUUCAAGUAAUUUGAUCACUAUGCCUCCAUACAAUUCUGUUAAAAGCCUGCAAUCUUUAGCGUUGGAACAGACAUGCAAAUAUAUAUUGGAUAUUAUCCCUCAAAUGAGAAAAAAUAUAAAUGGCUUUCGUGAAUAUUUUAUUAAUAAUGCGCACGCUUGGGCUAGAACCACCAUCUUGGACUACACUAAAGUUCUAUUAGAUAAUGGUGAAAAAGAUCAUCAAAUUUGGCAUGAACUCGAUGGUGUUUUUGAUAGAAAUCCAUAUUUAAGACUAAUAUGUUCUCAAAUACGCAGAUGGCUUGUUAUAGCAAGUACAAUGUUGGAUGUUGGAGUUCAUCGAUUACCACCAAUAGUUUUUGAGGGUUAUAUGGAACGUGAGUUCCACGAUUUUGUUUCUCUUUUAAGUCGUUGUGAUACUCAUCUUAGAGGACUAUGUAUAACUUUUAUGAUGUCAAAUAAAAAUGAUUAUACUCCAUCAGUGUAUUCAUCAAUGUAUAUACUUCAAAAAUCACUUCAUGAAGGUUUAGCAUCAAAACUUGUAUUUCUAAAGCUUUUUGCUAUUUGUGAUAAUUCAAUGUUGAAAAUUAUUGGUGAAAAUGCCCUAUUCUUGAAACAUUUAGAUAUAACCGGUUCAUGGAAUGUAGAUGAAGCAGGCAUCAAAUAUUUAUUGUUUAAAAAUAAUAUGCAUGUAGAAAUAAACAAUGUAUCUAAUGAUGAACUCUGCAAACAGCUUAGUCUAGUAUAUGAUGAUGAAUCACUUUUAAAUGUUUGUUGUUUUACCUUAGAACAAUUGAAAAUUCAAGAUACUAAUACAGAAGAUGCCAGUUUGUUAAUGAUUCUCGCAUGUGUCAAGAGUCUAAAAUCCUUAGGGGGUUUUCUUUAUUUUAGGAAUAUUGGAGAUGCACUGGUGACAGUAUAUGAGAAUUCUCUUAAGCCUCGAAUUUUCCAAUUAACAGAGUUAUAUGAUAUGCAGCUGACCAGUAAAAAAAUUGCUAUUCUCAAGGAAUGUCUACCACAUUUAAAAAAACUGUAUACCCGACUGUCUUGUGUCUGCACUCCUCGGGAUUUUGCUGAUCCGGAGCAGGGUUCAAUGUUUUGGGGUCGUGUUCAAAUUCUUACUAUUGAUCUUGAUUACAUGAUGAAUCGUCAUUUCAUCAAUUUUGUGAAAAAUUAUGGCCAUAACUUAACAGAGCUCAUCAUUCUUGAUCAGAGCACACAGUUAUCUUCCGUUCUGCCUAAUUUCCAGGAAUCUGAUAUUGAUGUUGCUAAACUAUUAAAAAGUUGUCCAAAUUUACAUGUGUUAAAAGGAUAUUUACAUAUUUUUGAAACACCAGAUGGUCAGUUUACCAAACUCAAAUCAAUUGAAUUGCAUAUGCCUACUGUUGAAACAAUAAAUUGGUUUUUUGAAAAUUGCCCUUGUUUAGAAGAAGCUAAGUUGUAUAGUGAUUCAAGGAAUUUGUAUUGGAAUACACAAAUUUUUGAAAGGCCACCUCUUAUCAUGUGCAAUAAUCUCAAACGAUUGGAAAUUGUAUUUAAUGAUGAACAUCCAAUUAUUAAUCACCAAACAGUUAUUCAAUUCAUUGAUAAGUGUUCAAAUUUACAACAUUUGGGACGAUUAGAUAAAUGGAACUUGGACAAAAAAUUUGUUAAACAAGUAAAAAAAUAUAUUCAAGAGAUGAAUUAUGAGCUUGAAAUUUAUUAGAUGAUAAUAUUGAUUUGCCAAUAAGACUGAUA